AUGCCUGCGGCAGGCGUUUCUUCCACUGUCGUAAAAGCUCUCUGCCUGUCUUCACCACUCUCGAAGCCACCCUGUCACCUCGCCCGUGCCCAACCGGGCCAGGAGUUUAACCACGGGCUUGUGUUGAGCCGAGAACCCUUGCGCGACGGACGCGUCUUCACGGUCCGCAUCGAUCGCAAGGUCAACUCCUGGAGUGGCUCCAUUGAGAUUGGGGUGACGGCACUGGACCCCAGUGUGCUGGACUUCCCAAGCAGCGCCACGGGGCUGAAGGGGGGCUCGUGGGUAGUGUCAGGCUGCUCGGUGCUGAGGGAUGGACGUUCUGUGCUGGAGGAGUAUGGUCAGGACCUGGACCAGCUUGGUGAAGGGGACCGUGUGGGCGUGGAGCGCACAGUGGCCGGGGAGCUGCGGCUCUGGGUGAACGGGCGGGAUUGUGGUGUGGCCGCCACGGGCCUGCCUGCUCGGGUCUGGGCUGUCGUGGACCUUUACGGCAAAUGCACCCAGAUCACCGUGCUACCCCCUGAGCCAGGCUUCAAUCCCCCUACUCCCAUCCCCACGCCUCCCCUUGAGCCCUCUGCCCCACCUGAAGAUUCUGCCUUGGCUGAGCAGGGAACCUCUGGGGAUGAAGCCUUCAUGGUGUCCCCAGCGCAGGCCCGGCCGGAGACGUUUCCUAACAGCCUUGAGUCGCAUAAUGACUUUGCUGGCAUGGAGCUCUCCGAGGUGGUGAGCAACGCCAUCCUGUCUGCCUACAACGGGGGGCUCCUAAACGUGAACCUGAGCUCCCCCCCAGCAGGGGGAGCACCAGGGCCUAGCGGUGCUGCCACGUCGCCCAUCCUCACGUCCAACGAUGCCCUCCUUUUUCACGAGAAAUGUGGAACCCUCAUCAAACUCAGCAACAACAAUAAGACGGCUGAGCGGCGCCGGCCCCUGGAUGAAUUCAACAAUGGGGUUGUCAUGACCAACCGCCCACUCCGGGACAAUGAGAUGUUUGAGAUCCGCAUCGACAAGCUUGUAGAUAAGUGGUCGGGCUCCAUUGAGAUUGGUGUCACCACCCACAACCCCAACAAUUUGGAGUACCCAGCCACCAUGACCAACCUACAGUCAGGCACCAUCAUGAUGAGUGGCUGCGGGAUCCUGACCAAUGGCAAGGGCACCCGCCGCGAGUACUGUGAAUUUGGUCUGGAUGAGCUGCAGGAGGGCGACCACAUUGGUCUCACGAGGAAGUCCAACUCUGCCCUCCACUUCUUCAUUAAUGGCAUCGAUCAGGGCGUGGCUACCCCACUGACACCCCCAGUGGUGUACGGCGUGGUGGACUUGUAUGGGAUGGCCGUGAAGGUGACCAUCGUCCACAAUAACAACCAUAGUGACCGUCUGCGCCGGAACAAUGCCAUCCUGCGGGCACUUUCCCCCGAGGGUGCUCUCCGCCGUGCUGCUCCUGCUGCCCAGGCGGAACCCGAGCGCCUGCUCUUCCACCCCAACUGUGGGCAGAAGGCAGCCAUCACCCACGAGGGACGCACGGCCCUGAGGCCCCAUGCCACCGAUGACUUUAAUCACGGCGUGGUGCUGAGCAGCAGAGCCCUGCGGGAUGGAGAAGUGUUCCAGGUGCGCAUCGACAAGAUGGUAGACAAAUGGGCUGGCUCCAUUGAGAUCGGCGUCACCACCCACAACCCUGCCUACCUCCAGUUGCCCUCCACCAUGACCAACUUGCGCUCUGGGACCUGGAUGAUGACUGGGAAUGGGGUGAUGCACAAUGGGACGACCAUCUUGGACGAAUACGGGCACAACCUGGACCGGCUCAAGGCAGGGGACACGGUGGGCGUGGUGCGGCGGGAAGACGGGACUCUCCACUUCUUUGUCAAUGGGAUGACUCAGGGCCCUGCUGCCUGGAACGUGCCCCCGGGCGUCUAUGCUGUCGUCGAUCUCUAUGGCCAGGCGGCCCAGGCCACCAUUGUGGACGACGUGGAGGUGCCCCCGGUCCCUGAGCCACUCCCUGAGGGGAACAACCAGGCAUCUCCAAGCUCCCCGUCAUCAGGGGCCGGGGGCUCCGACCUCCGCUUCCACCAGCUGCACGGCAGCAAUGCAGUCAUCACCAACGGGGGCCGCACCGCGCUCCGCCACAACUGCCGCAGCGAGUUCAAUGACGCCAUUGUCAUCUCCAACCGGGCCCUGCGGGAUGGAGAGCUGUUUGAAAUUGUCAUUCAGAAGAUGGUGGACCGCUGGUCAGGUUCCAUUGAGGCUGGAGUGACCGCUAUUCGGCCAGAGGACCUUGAAUUUCCCAACACGAUGACAGACAUUGACUACGAUACAUGGAUGCUGAGCGGCACAGCCAUCAUGCAGGAUGGUAACACGAUGCGCAACAACUACGGGUGCGACCUCGACGCGCUGGGCACAGGCGCGCGCAUCGGCAUGAUGCGAACAGCCAAGGGUGACCUGCACUACUUCAUCAAUGGCCAGGACCAAGGCGCUGCCUGCUCAGGCUUGCCUCCCGAGGUAUAUGCAGUCGUGGAUCUGUAUGGUCAGUGCGUCCAAGUGUCCAUCACCAAUGCCACCGGACCCAUGGACAAUAGCCUGGCGACCAGCAACACUGCCACUGAGAAGUCAUUCCCCCUGCACUCCCCAGUGGCUGGCGUGGCUCAUCGAUUCCACAGUACUUGCGGCAAGAACAUCACGCUGGAGGAAGACGGCACGAGGGCAGUGCGUGCGGCUGGUUACGCCCAUGGCCUCGUCUUCAGCACCAAGGAGCUCAAAACGGAGGAAGUCUUUGAGGUGAAAGUGGAAGAGCUGGAUGAGAAGUGGGCAGGUUGCCUCCGGCUCGGGCUGACCACACUAGCACCAGGGGAGAUGGGGCCUGGAGCUGGUGGCGGCCCGGGCGUGCCUCCCUCCCUGCCGGAGCUCCGGACCAAGACCACCUGGAUGGUGUCCAGCUGUGAAGUCAGGCGCGAUGGGCAGCUCCAAAGGAUGAACUAUGGCCGGAACCUAGAGAGGCUGGGGGUGGGGAGCCGUGUAGGCAUCCGCCGGGCAGAUGACACAAUGCACAUCCUGGUAGAUGGAGAGGAUAUGGGGCCAGCAGCCACUGGCAUUGCCAAGAACGUGUGGGCCGUGUUGGAUCUCUACGGGCCGGUGCGGAGUGUGUCUAUUGUCAGCUCCUCGAGGCUAGAGGAGCAGGAAGGCACCCAGCCUCCUUCCCCCAGCUCGGACACUGGCAGUGAGGGCGAGGAGGACGAUGAGGGCGAGGAGCACAGCCUGGAAGGCCAGAAUCAAGUGGCCAUUAUGCCCACAGCUCUCGAGUUCCUGGAGAACCAUGGGAAGAACAUCCUCUUGUCCAACAGGAACCGUACAGCUACGCGAGUGGCCAGCUACAAUCAGGGCAUCGUUGUCAUCAACCAGCCUCUGGUGCCCCAGCUGCUGGUCCAGGUGCGAAUAGACUUCUUGAACCGGCAGUGGACAUCUUCCCUUGUCCUGGGAGUCAUCACCUGUCCCCCGGAGAGGCUCAACUUCCCUGCUUCUGCCUGUGCCCUCAAACGGGCAGCCUGGCUGCUGCGGGGCCGUGGGGUCUUCCACAAUGGUCUCAAGAUCUGUGAGAAGUUCGGGCCAAAUCUGGACACAUGUCCUGAAGGCACCAUCCUGGGACUGCGGCUGGACGGCUCUGGGGGGCUGCAUCUCCACGUCAAUGGGAUGGACCAGGGAGUGGCUGUGCCAGAUGUCCCCCAGCCCUGCCACGCACUCGUGGACCUUUAUGGGCAGUGUGAGCAGGUGACAAUCGUGAGCCCUGAACCAGGGGCUGCCAGUGGAAAGAGUGCUGGAACCCAAGGGGACAUGGAGAAAGCUGACAUGGUGGAUGGUAUCAAGGAGAGUGUUUGCUGGGGCCCACCACCCGCUGCUAGCCCCCUCAAGAGCUGCGAGUACCACGCCCUUUGCUCCCGUUUCCAGGAACUGCUGCUGCUUCCCGAGGAUUAUUUCAUGCCUCCGCCGAAGCGUAGCCUGUGCUACUGUGAGUCUUGCCGGAAGCUUCGAGGAGACGAGGCCCACAGGCGCCGUGGGGAGCCCCCUCGGGAAUAUGCCCUACCCUUUGGCUGGUGCAGGUUCAACCUCAGGGUGAAUCCCCGCCUGGAGGCUGGGACACUAACCAAGAAGUGGCACAUGGCGUAUCAUGGGAGCAAUGUGGCAGCUGUCCGGAGGGUGCUGGACCGAGGGGAGCUGGGAGCAGGCACUGCUUCCAUACUGAGCUGCCGACCCCUGAAGGGAGAGCCUGGGGUGGGGUUUGAGGAGCCUGGUGAGAACUGUGCGCCUCCCCGGGAGGAGCAGCCCCCUCCAGUGCUGCUUUCCCCCUCCCUCCAGUAUGCUGGGGCCGAGACCCUGGCAUCCAAAGUGCAAUUCCGGGACCCCAAAUCCCAGCGGACGCACCAGGCCCAGGUGGCGUUCCAGGUGUGUGUGCGCCCUGGCUCUUACACCCCCGGCCCCCCUUCCGCUGCCCUCAGAGAACCCCCCGACCCUCACUUCAGUCCAGCUGAACUUGAGUGGGUCACCAAGGAGAAGGGGGCUACACUCCUCUAUGCCCUGCUGGUACGGGUGGAAUGA